UUCUCCGGUCACCUUGAAAACCAAUAAUAUUCCAUUGUUGAUAGUUUCUCAUCCCGCCAAUGUCUUCAUCGGAGCCUAAGUACGACACCCCACCGGCCCCAACAUACAAGACCCCACCGGCUCUAGUAGCCUUCACCCUCACCGUCCUCAUCUUAUGCUUUGUGGCUUUCAGCGUUGUGUAUGUUUGCAAGUAUUGUUUUGCUGGCUUUUUCCACACUUGGGCCUUGCAACGCACGACCUCAGGUUCCCUCGUUCGUCUCUCACCUGAUAGGUCACCCUCUAGAGGACUCGAUAAUACCCUUCUAGAAAAAUUCCCCACUUUCCUCUACUCCUCCGUGAAAGACCUUCGUAAGGAAAAGAGUUAUAGCUUAGAAUGUGCCAUUUGCUUGCUAGAGUUUGAUGAUGAUAGCAUGCUUCGUCUCCUAACCAUUUGUUGUCAUGUUUUCCACCAAGAAUGUAUUGACCUAUGGCUUGAAUCUCAUAAGACAUGCCCCGUUUGUCGAACAGACCUUGAUUCACCUCCCAACCAAAUGUCCAAACACGGGGAAGGCAACCACAACAACAACAAUAACAACCUUAAUGUGCAAGAGGGUAUGACAUCGUUACCAUGCGAUGAUAUACACAUUGAUGUUAGAGGAGAGGAAAGUGACAAUGUUGGUGAAAUCACUAGAGCUCAAGUACAUGAAGGUGAUCAACAUGAUCAUCAUGUGGGUAUGAGUAUGCAACAACAAGAAGAUCAUAGAUUUUCAAGGUCACAUUCAACGGGACAUUCUAUAGUAACUAUUAGAGGUGAAGAAAAAGAUCAUGAGAAAUAUACAUUGAGAUUGCCUGAACAUGUUAUAAGGGGAGGGCACAAUUACACGAGGAGUUGCACAAAUUACAACGAGAUGAAAUUGACAAUUCCUACACCUUGUAGUAAUUGUGGUUUUGUUAAACCGGUUAUUGGGUCCUCUUCACUUGCUUGUGCUCAAGAGGCUUGA